AAUUUGAGAAGCGGGUUCUUAAUCAAUUGAAACAAAUAAUUAUUUUUUAAGUUAAUUGCUGCCAUCUAGUACAUGAAAUCAAAGUUAACAAACAAAACUGACAAUGACGACUGGCACCUGCAACAAUAUUAUUUGACAUCAUUUUCAUACACAUAUAUAUUAUUUAUUAUUCUCAGUUCUCGAGAAAAAAAUUUAAGUGUAACAAUAUUGUCUCUCCUCCCUGGUCAAGUGUAAAAUAAAGUAGUGGGUGGUAAUUUCGGAAUCUAUUAACAAGAUUAUUAAUUACUCUACUCGAGGUUGAUUUUCAUAUUGUCAAAGAGAAAGAGUUUAUUUACUGAUAUUUAAAUUUAUCAAGUGUGUGGGUUUUGAAAAAUAGGACAAUGAACAGUAGUGAUGGUGUUACGUCAAAUAACAUUGAUAUCACAUUGAGUGUAUUCAAAUUUUAUAAAUGUCACUAGUGUAGUCAAUAUUUAUUUAAUUGUAAAAAAUAAUUAGCAAAAUGUCAUCUGCAAUACGGUUCGUUUAUAAGACUUGUUUCAUCUGAGCGAGCAAGUACUUCAUGGAAGAGUGUAUUUGAACGGUGCUUCAUCCUAGAAAAAUCAUAAGAUUUUUACUACUGUAUUUAAAAAUAAUAAUCAUAGUAAUAAAUAAUCUAUAGAAAAAUCCACAUAAAAGUUUCUUGGAGUUUGAGAAAAAAAAAACGACGUAAAAAUGGAUCAAGAAACAGUAUAUGGAACCCAUGAGGAUAAUCAUGUAGUGAUGUCUGAAAAAGUUCAGUCAUUAGCUGGAAGUAUAUAUCAAGAAUUUGAAAGAAUGAUAGCGAGAUAUGAUGAAGAUGUCGUUAAAGAGUUGAUGCCAUUACUAGUCAAUGUAUUAGAGUGCUUGGAUAUAGCGUAUACUGAAAACCAAGAGCACGAAGUUGAAUUGGAAUUAUUAAGAGAAGAUAAUGAACAAUUGGUCACUCAGUAUGAACGAGAAAAACAACUGCGGAAAGCAUCGGAUCAGAAAUUGUUAGAACUUGAAGAUGUUGCCGAAGAUGAGCGAAAGGAAUUGCUAUCAAAAAUUGAUAGUUUGGAAUCGAUACUAAAGAUGCUGGAGUUGAAGACCAAAAAUUCACACGAUCAUGGUACAAUUGAAAAUAGCACUUCGAGUUAUUGCCCCCACAGUGCACAUUCCUACAUUAUUCGUUUAGAAGAAAAAGAAGCCGAAUUAAAACGUGAAUAUUCACGUUUACAUGAUCGAUACACCGAAUUAUUUAAAACCCAUGUUGAUUACAUGGAACGAACAAAAAUGUUAGUUGGCAGUUCAGAAAGACUUGAAAACACAACAAAUAAUCGUGGUCCAAAUAGAUUACCUGGACUUAAUUUAGCUCAUAUGUCACGAAGUUCUGGACCUUUGAGUUAUGGAUUCCAGAGUUUAGAAGGCAGCAUGAAUGCCGAAGAUAUACAAGAAGAAAGUCCCACUCAAGGCGCUAGUUUGAAAUCUGAAAUACAAGACAGCAGCAGUGAAGCAGUAAUCGAAACAUCUGAGAAAAGUCAACUGACGGAUAAUCUACCGCAGGAAAAUAAAAUUAAAAAUAAUUCAGCACGGACAUUUGUAGACGAGAGUCCAGAAACUGAUGUUCCACCUCCCACAAUAACUACUCCGACUACUCCAGUUGCCGAUAAACAAAUAAGUACUCCCAGUGGAAGAAGUCGAACAGAACGAGAGCAACGUAGUGGUAAUACAUUGUACCAAGAACUCAGUUUCCAAGAUGCUGAUGCUCUGGGAGAAAUGGAUGAGGGCGCAGACAUCACUGGCAGUUGGGUUCAUCCAGGAGAGUAUGCAUCAUCGGUUAAUGACAACUUUUUUGGAAUGGGUAAGGAAGUGGAGAAUCUCAUUAUGGAAAAUAACGAACUUCUAGCGACAAAGAAUGCUUUGAAUAUUGUAAAAGAUGACUUGAUAGUGAAAGUAGACGAAUUAACGAGUGAACAAGAAAUUUUGCGUGAUGAAGUCAGAGCUCAUCAACAAGCUCGUGAACGAAUGCGUCAAAGAGUUUCAGCGUUGGAAGAAGAAUUAAAAAAAGUUAAAGAGGAAGCUGAAGCUGCUGCAAAAGCUACAAAGAGUGACGAUGAAGAAGACGUACCCUUAGCACAAAGAAAAAGAUUUACACGUGUUGAGAUGGCUAGAGUACUUAUGGAGAGAAAUCAGUAUAAAGAAAGAUUUAUGGAGCUUCAGGAAGCUGUAAGAUGGACUGAAAUGAUUCGCGCUAGUAAAACAGACCCAGCUAGUAUUUCGGGUGGAAAACAAUCUGUUUGGAAGUUUUUUAGUAAUCUUUUUACUGGACCAGCUGACCGAGGAUCUUUACAUCGAAAUCCUCAUGCAUUGCCGCAUAUUCGUUAUAGUGCUCCGACAAAUCAAGUAGUACCAGCACCGCCAUUAGAUGCAAUGCGUAGACGUACAUUAAAAAAUCGUCAUGAGAUUUUUGACCAAGGAGACACUAUCUCGUCAGAGAAGCGGGUGGCUAGACUUGCAAAUGAACGAAAAGAACAAUAUCGACAAGUUAGAGCCCAUGUAAGAAAAGAAGACGGUCGUUUGCAAGCUUAUGGAUGGAGUUUGCCUGGAAAACCAAGCGCGCCUGCAAGACAACCAGUACCAGUUCCUGUUUAUUGUCGUCCUCUUCAAGAAACUGAAUCGGGAAUGAAAAUCUGGUGUGGGGCUGGAGUUAAUUUAAGUGGUGGAAAAACUCGCGAUGGUGGAUUAGCUGUUGGUGGAAGUGUUUUUUACGCCGAUGAAGCUAAAGAAACAGUAGUAGUAAAAGGCGAGGUUGAAGAUGCCGUUGAACAUUUGGAUAAAGAACUACAGGAAUCUGAGCAGCGACGCUUAGAAGCAGAACAACAAGAUCAACAAUUGAGUUCACUUGUAUGGAUUUGCACGUCAACUCAAAAAAUGUCGAAAGUAUCUGUGAUAGAUGCUAAUAAUCCUGCUGAUAUUUUACAAGUGUUCAAUGUUUGUCAGAGCCAUUUGCUCUGUAUUGCAAGUGUACCUGGUGCCAAAGAAAGCGAUUACAUUCAUAAUACAGAAGAUUCUUCACCUCGAAUAGUGAAUGGAAUUAGUGAAACAGAACUGGGUAAUGUCCAACGUGCCAAUCACAAUAGCGAUCAGUCAAUUGCCGGAGAAGCCACAACGAGUAAUGAGACUAAAAACUGCCAGAAAAUAGAAGAUUCCAACGAUCAAAGUCAAGCAACAUCUGAAGGACCCAGUUCUUUAGAAGAAAAGCCGAGUGAUAGCUCGGUAAAAAUAACUGAUAUUGAUCACAGUUCAAAUACCGAACCUCAAAGCUUAGAAAUAGCUGAUAGUGAAUCAGCUCUCAUAGGUAAAAUUUAUUUUGUUCAAAGUAAUAUCGAUAACACAUCAACUCGAAGAGAAAUUGAUUCAGAUGAACCAAAAGCAUCUGAUGAUAAUGAUGCAACCAUUGAAAAAAUUUCGUCAAUCCAACCAACUAUGUGGUUAGGAGCUCAAAACGGAGCUAUUUAUGUUCAUUCAGCGGUUGCUAAAUGGUCUAUCUGUUUGCAUACAGUAAUGCUCAAGGAUGCAGUAUUAGGGAUAGUUCACAUACAGGGUAGGGUCCUAGUAGCUCUUGCUGAUGGAACAGUGGCAAUAUUUCGCAGAGGUUCUGACGGACAGUGGGAUUUGUCUAAAUAUCACGUUAUGACUUUAGGAAGUCCACAGCAUGCAAUUAGAUGCAUGACAUCUGUUUCAGGAAAAACAGUUUGGUGUGGGUACAGAAAUAAAAUUCAUGUAAUUGAUCCGAUUCUUAUGACUCUCGAGUGUACCAUUGACGCACAUCCAAGGCGAGAAUCACAAGUCAGACAAUUAGCUUGGCUUGGUGAAGGCGUGUGGGUUAGCAUCAGAUUAGAUUCAACAUUAAGAUUAUAUCAUGCUCAUACGUAUCAACAUCUACAAGACGUAGACAUCGAACCGUACGUCAGUAAAAUGCUUGGUACUGGAAAACUUGGUUUUUCUUUUGUUAGAAUCACAGCGUUACUCAUCUCAUCUAACAGACUGUGGAUUGGAACGGGUAAUGGUGUUAUCAUAUCUGUACCAUUGUCGGAAAGUGCUGGAGGAUCUUUGACAGUAUCUAGAGUACAAAGUGUUGGAAGUAAAAGUGAUGCCCCUGGUGUUGGAGUUAGAGUAUUUGCUUCAGAUCAAGGUGUCACACCUGGAAGUUCUGUACCAUAUUGCAGUAUGGCACAUGCUCAACUGAGCUUCCAUGGUCACCGAGAUGCUGUCAAAAUGUUUGUCGCUGUCCCUGGUCACGGAGGUCAAAGCGCUAUUUCUGAUGGUACACAACCAGCGAUGUUAGUUCUCUCAGGUGGAGAAGGAUAUAUUGAUUUUCGUGUUGGUGAUGGUGAUGAAACUGAAGAAGGCUUGGAGCGUACAAAUGUCUCAGCGACUAGUCAUGAAGAGCACAGUGAACAGAGUCAUCUAAUUGUCUGGCAAGUUCAAUCGCCUAUACAAAUCAAAGGCUAAAUUUACUGUGGUUAUUGAGAUUUAAUAUUCCAUAGGGUGCAUACCUUAAAUUAAUUUAUAACAAAUUUAUAAUUAAACGUUUUAUGAAAUUGGGAUAAACAUUCAAGUCAUCAAUAAUUUGAAAUAAAGCAUUGUAAUCAAUUGUCCAAUAUUUGGCAUUGAUUAAUUAUCGGAGAAAAUGAAUUCUUAAAAUGCCGAAAUAAUAUUACUGUCCAAUUUAUAUACUUAGAAGUGAUUACGAUGUAGAUUAUGGCAACAAAGUAUGAUAAUGAUGACGCUUAAUUGUUUAUUUCAAAUUGUUAAAAAAUCUACUUUUCAUUUUUAACAAUAUAACUAAUUAAAUUGUAAAUUAGUUAAUUGAUUAUUUAUUGUUAGAUAAAAUAUAAAAAUAUACGCUUAUAUGCGUUUCUUUUUGUACAAUGCAAUGGUACAUUGUUAUAAAAAAAUUAUCUAUUAAUUUAUUUUAUCACGCUUUAAGAAACUCAAUAUUAGGCAAAGAGUUUCACGCAAAAUAAAUUUUUUAUAAGUUUAUUUUUAUCUAUCGUUAUUUUUAAAAAUUAUUUAUCUCAGGUUUUGUACAAAAGAAUUUUUUUUUUUUUAGUUAUCGAAUUUUUACAGUACAUACAUUAUUAAUUUAGAUAUAAACAUUACAUUAACAAAAUAAUGAUUUGUAUAGUUAUAUAAUUUAUUAACUUAUUAAAUAUUUAUGUAAAAUCUUGCGAUUAAUUCUGUAAGAAUAAUUAUUUUUAUUGUAUUUAUUUAUUAUUAUUAUUAUUUUUUUUUUUUUAUAAAUAAUUUUAUUGAAUUGAUGUGAGCUAGUCACUCAUUAUUAUUUAUCACAAAAUCGAGACGGUAAAUGCUUGAGAAUUUCUGCAUUACGCUCAAACAUUGAGAGCUUUAGAGAGUAAGCGUAGAUUUUUAAAUUACAGACAUUUAUAUAUCAAAUGUUAAUAUCAUUUAGCUUUGUGACACUUUGUAUAGACAAAAUAGUAGUUAAUGAAAAUCUAUUUAUAAUGUACGCAUUCUCUCGCUUCAAUGUUUUUGCUCAGUCUUUCACCAAAGAUUUAAAAAAAUUCACUUUAUUUAUAUCAGAUGUAGAGUUAAACUCGAUAAAUUUUUUGUUUCCGGAUGAGUAAAUUAAUUUACAAAUGAAUACAACUAUGCUGUUUUACUUAAAUGAAAGUUGUACCUGGUUCAAAUAGAACCUUAACAGCAUGAAAAUAAUAAAAUAAUUAUUAAUAUAUAUAUAUAUAUAUAUUCAUUGUUUUAUUCAUUUUUUCGUUUGUUAAACUGGUAAUGUUAUAAUAACUAAUUAUAUUUCUUUUAGAAAUGUAGCUAUUGUAGAGGACUUUAAAUUGUAAUUUUCAAAAUUUUGUUAUAAUAUAUUUCACUUUGUCGAGAAACUACUGUUCAAGUUUGACCUCUUCAUAUCAAUAUUACCAACUGCCUCAUCACAAUUUUCGAUUUCCCAUAUAAAUAAUAUGGGAAAAUAUUUUGAAGUUAUGAAUUUUAUCACCCAUUAGCGAAUCAGUGUAUCGGAAAAAUCAAUAAAUAUUUUUAUUGCAAA